AUGCAGCUGCAGUCCUUUCUGGAGGAAGCUGCUGACGGAGAGAAAAUGGUUAAAGUGGUUGAAGCCACCUUGGACUUGCUCAGGAAGAACCACCUGCUGGACCUUGUGGACAGCAUCAUCGAUGUGGGGUUCGUGAAGGCUACGUACUCCUACUGCCUGAAGGCCAGCGGGGGCCAAGAGGCCGUACAUCUCAAAGAAACAGAGCUCUUUGUGCGGGCAUGCUGCCCGAGCUCAAUGUUGGCUGUGCGGGCCAUGCUAAAAAAGCAACUGGGAACUCACUGGGAGGACCCUUCCCUUGAAAUGGCAAGGCUUCGCCGAGGCAACAGCAGCACCUGCAGCGGCAAAGGCAUCGCCGUCGAGUGCACCGGCUAUGCAUUGGGCAGGAAUGUGAGGAGGCGAGCUGACAAGACCACUGGCAAGAUCCAAGAUGUGAAAGGCGGCCUUGUGUACAUCCAGUUGGACUCCGGCGACGUCGCGAAGGAAUCCAUUGACAAGAUUCUGGGAAACGAGUGGGCCGUCUUCACCCCCAAAAGUGAAGCAGAGGUACUGGAAGAUUUGAGCAUCUACAGCCCUUCAACGAGUGUUGAGCUCCAGGCCUUCAUGCUCCAGGCAGAGAUCGCGAGGCAGCUUCAGAAACUUUUUGAUGAACAGUCCUCCGGCAUCGACAAGCUUGCCUUGCAAACGAAGCCCCAGAAGCAGCUUCAGGCCUCGCAGGACAUCCCCAAGGGAAAGGUGACAUUGGUGCCAUUGACGAGCAAGAUCCUCCACAAGGGCUCCAGCCAACCGAGCUGGUUCGAGGUGACGACGGACUGGACGAUGGAUGCGAGGAAGUUCUACGUGAGCUCCUCUUGUGUGCUGCCCAAGGAAGAUGAUGACAAGAUCAAGCCUCUCAUAGUCCCGUUUUUCUUCGUGAACUACACAGAGGACGAGGCCAACGUGAAGUUGCAGCCCAUGCAAGCAGAAAAGUCUUCCUCCAUCAAGAUCCCCGUCUUCAAAAGCACCAAGAAGAUUGCUGCCGGGGAGGUCGUUUUGUGCUAUAAGGCCAAGGACCUUAAAGCUCCACCCCUCCACCUCUCCCCCAGUGCGGCGAAGCGAUCGUCGUCCGGCGGAGUGGCAGUUGCAGCGAAGAAGAAAGCGAAGAAGUGA